AGAACAGAACGUAUAAACUUUUAAGAAAUCUUUCAAUACAAAUAAUUCCAUUAAAUUUGAGUGCUAUGAAAUUGUUGCCACAAAGUCUGUUGCUUCUCAUGGUGUUGUUGCUGCCAUUGGCGAUGACGGCGCCAGUGGAAGAGGAGCGUGAGGAGGAGCUACAUUUUGGUUUUCAGACUGAUAACGGCUAUCAGCGAUCUGAGGAUAUUACCUACAAGGUCAAAGUGAAUCCGGAUCGUCAGACAACUGAAGGACCACAUGACACAGAAACGCUAAGGCCAGUGGAGUAUCGAGGUGGAUAUAGUUUCAUAUCAGCCGACGGCUAUGAGUAUCAGGUCUUAUAUAAAGCGAAUAAAAAUGGCUUCCAGCCUUAUGUUACGGCACACAAAGUGCAACCAGCUAAAGAUAAGGCUUAGAUUUUAAAUAUUUGUGAUCAAUGAAAAUACAAUUUAAUUAAAAUACAAAUUUUCUAUUUUUAUAGACAA